AUGACCGAUGCAAAUUCUCACCAACAGGUUUCUGGCACUCAGGAUUGUAGUACCGUUGCUGUCAAUGGAAAUAGUGGUGGCGAUUUGCCUUCAGUACAGAAUGACUCUUCGAAUCAAGAAAAACCUUCUUAUCAACUGAAAUACAGCUUGGUCGGGCACAAAAAGCCUAUUUCGAGCGUCAAAUUUUCUCCAGAUGGAAAAUGGCUCGCUAGUGCCUCUGCUGAUAAGACAAUAAAAAUCUGGAAUGCUUACACCGGUCAACACGAAAAAACUUUUGAGGGACACACUCAAGGUAUAUCAGAUGUCGCGUGGGCUAUUGACUCCAUGUCACUGUGCUCUGGUUCAGACGACACAACGAUACGGAUUUGGCACAUGAAUAAGGACUCCGCCGUUAAAGAGCUCAGGGGUCAUACAAACUACGUGUUCUGUGUGAAUUAUAAUCCACAGUCGAGUUUAAUCGUGUCCGGGUCAUUCGACGAAAGCGUAAGGAUUUGGGAUGUUAAAAAUGGCAAAUGUUUGAAGAUCCUGCCUGCUCACUCGGAUCCGGUUUCGGCAGUACAUUUUAACCGAGAUGGAACGAUGAUUGUUUCUGGCAGUUACGAUGGCUUGAUUCGAAUCUGGGAUACUGCAUCCGGUCAAUGCUUAAAAACGAUAGUGGACGACGACAAUCCACCGGUUUCUUUUGUGAAAUUUUCGCCUAACGGAAAGUAUAUACUUGCAUCAACUCUUGACAACACAUUGCGCCUUUGGAAUUUUCAUUCUUCGAAAUGUUUGAAAACCUAUAACGGUCACUUGAACAACAAGUACUGCGUGUUCUCGAGCUUCUCUAUUACUGGCGGAAAGUGGAUCGUAAGUGGUAGUGAAGAUCAUUGUAUCUACAUAUGGAACCUGCAAAGCAAAGAGAUUGUUCAAAAAUUGGAAGGUCAUACCGGUAAUGUCGAAAUAUGA